AUGUAUAAUCCUCACCAGAGCAAUAGGAACCUUUCCUAUUCCUCAACAAGCCAGCCAUUCUCCAGCGCAUACCCUCUAAUAAAUGCCGCAUCCUCUAUGUUCGCCUCUACCAGUGAUACUUCACCUAGAUACACUUUUUCAGAACAAAGUUCUUCAAAAUACACCGCCGCAGUUCAACCUAGAAAUCCCACAUCCUCUACCACUACUCCUCUCAACAAUCCUCCAGCUCCAUACAUUCCUCAGCCAAGAGUUUACCCCAAACUUAUCGAACACAGACGAAACUUUGCACACCAUAAUUCCUCAUCAAGACGCAAUAAUGAAUCGCGGGAAGACUUAUGCUCCGAAGACACCUGCUUUGAAGACACUUGCUCCGAAGUUUCAGUUUCCUUACCUUCUUCACCUGAUCCUUCAAAUGGACAAGCUACGCGGACGUGGGUCUCUGAACAAGCGCAACAAUAUCAAUAACAAGGCAGUAGGAUGUAUCAUCCAAGUCUUCAAAAUCCGAUUCCGAUCCCUGGUCAUGUAUUCCCAGACCCAGAUUCUGAAAAUCCUGUACUUGGCGUCAAGGAACAGAAAUCUUUGACUUCGUCGAGGAGGAAUUCCCUGGGUUUCGCAGACUAUGGAUCUUCCAACUUUACAAUGAUAACUGAGUGA